AUGGCUACAGCGGGCGACGACUUCUACAACGAGACACGGCCGCAUAACUACCUAGUCAUGCCAGUCCUAAAAAAGUCAAGAUCUUCUCUUGACGCUUUCGAGACUCUAUCUGCGGGAUCCGCUUCCUCAGACGAGUCCGACUACCUCGACAAUGCCGCCUCCCGCAAGCAGCGUCGAACGAGCCAGGAUGGUUCCAGCGACGAAAGCGAAGACGGAGGCGCCCAGGUCGAUAGCGACGACAAUAACGAUCACGAUGAGCCAGAAAACCUCAAAGAAACCAUGAAGCCUAUUCUCACAUCGUUUGCGGCACCAUCACGUAUCAAAAAGAGGGGCACGGUGACUGCACCAGCCAAACCCUCUGUCAAAGAGGCCGCUCUCGACGCUGGGGCUGCCUCCGCGCCAGUCCUGGCGCCGACCGAUCCCAACACCACAUUCACAGCUCUGCGCGUGCGGCCGUGGCUGGUGCAGUCGCUCGCCAACAUGGCUAUCCGGCGGCCGACCGGGAUCCAAAAGGCCUGCAUUCCCGAGAUUCUGCAGGGCCGGGACUGCAUCGGCGGCAGCCGCACAGGUUCCGGCAAGACGGUCGCCUUUGCCGUGCCCAUGCUGCAGCGGUGGGCCGAGGACCCGACGGCCAUCUUUGGCCUGGUGCUGACGCCGACGCGCGAGCUGGCGCUGCAAAUCUACGAGCAGUUCCGCGCUAUCGCCGCGCCGCAGAGCCUCAAGGUGCUGCUCAUCACGGGCGGCGCCGACAUGCGACCGCAGGCCAUUGCGCUGCGGCAGCGACCGCACGUCGUCAUCGCGACGCCGGGCCGGCUCGCAGACCACGUGCGCACGUCGGGCGAGGACACGGUGGGCGGGCUGCGCCGCGUGCGCUACGUGGUCCUCGACGAGGCGGACCGGCUCCUGCACGCCGGCGCAGGGCCCGGCAGCAUGCUGCCCGACGUCGAGCAGUGCCUGGCGGCGCUGCCGCCGCCGACGGAGCGCCAGACGCUCCUUUUCACGGCCACAAUGACGCCCGAGGUGCGCGCGCUCGCCGCCAUGCCGGUCAAGCCCGGCAAGCAGCCCGUGUUUGUGUGCGAGGUCGACACGCAGCGGCUCGCCAUCCCCGCGACGCUGCGCCAGCGGCACCUGCAGAUCCCCGUCACGCACAAGGAGCACUACCUGCACAUGUUCCUGCUCACCGAGGCCAACGUGGACAAGACGAUUAUCCUCUUCUGCAACCGCACCGCGACGGCCGACUUUUUGCACCACAUGCUGCGCCUGCUCGACCACCGCGUGACGUCGCUGCACUCGAAGCUGCCGCAGCGGCAGCGCGUCGACAACCUGGCGCGGUUCCGCGCCUCGGCCGCGCGCAUCCUCAUCGCCACCGACGUCGCCGCGCGCGGUCUCGACAUCCCCGAGGUCAGCCUCGUCAUCAACUACGACGUCCCGCGCGACCCGGACGACUACAUCCACCGCGUGGGCCGAACGGCGCGCGCCGGCCGCGACGGCGAGGCGGUCACGCUCGUUGGCCAGCGCGACGUGGAGCUCGUCCUGGCCAUUGAGGAGCGUGUCGGCCGCGAGAUGGAGGCGUGGGCCGAGGACGGCGUCAACCUGGAGACGCGGGUGCUGCGCGAGGCGCUCAAGACGGUCAGCGAGAAGAAGCGCGAGGCGUUGCUCGAGGUCGAGGAGAACAAGGAGGUGGGCGGCAAGAGGAAAAGGGGGAAGCAGAAGCUGCGUGCCACGUAA